AUGAUUAAUUUCACUUGGAGUGAUCCAUCCAUAAUUACUGAUAAUAAUAAUCUAACAAAUAAUAUCGAUAGUAAAAAUCAAACCAAUACAAAGAGUAGAACUUUCUCAACAGAAAAUACUACAAGCAGUAAUAGCAAUAAUCAACUAGCUAAAGAUGGAUUUUUACCUUUGUCAUCACCAGAUAUAAACUCCAACAAUCAAAGCAAUACCCCAGAUUUUUCUACAUUCGAUAAUAAUAGCACUACUAAUAAUGACGAUAUAAACUCAGAUCUUGUGAACCAUAACGAUUUUUUCAUGUUACAAGACUCAACUACUAACCCUAAUAAUACAGAGCCUGAAUUGCUUCAAAACCUACUCAAUAAUACUGCUAUUACCUCCACAGCCAAUGAUCAGAAUAAAUUAAUUCAUUUAGAUCCUAUCCCGGAUUUUAAAGAUAAAUCAGAAAUAAAACCUUGGUUACAAAAAAUUUUCUAUCCACAGGGGAUUGAAUUGGUUAUUGAAAGAUCAGAUAAUAUUAAAGUAGUAUUUAAAUGCAAGGCCUCUAAGCGACGUAAAAAAAAUCAAUAUCACAUUCAUAUGCAUUCUAAUACAAAUGCAAAUGCAAAUAUACAAGAUACGGAGACUAAUUCUUCUCCAAAUUCACCAUCUUCAAAAUUACAAUCUUCACAAAACAUUUCAAUAUCAACACCAACUUCAAAUUCAAAUGCAAGUUGCUUAUUAGAAAAACCUAAAAGAAAGCGAUUGGUUUCAAAAUAUAAUACUUGUCCUUUUCGUGUAAGAGCCACUUAUUCCUUAAAACGUAAGAAAUGGAACGUUGUUGUUUUAAAUAAUAGUCAUUCGCAUGAAUUAAAAUUUAAUCCAACUUCUGAAGAUUAUAAAAAAUUUAAAGAUGGUUUGAGAAAACAAAAUGAUUGGGACUCAGUGAAAAAAUUUGAUGAACUAGAAUAUAGAUUUAAAUCGAAUUUACCAUUGGUACCUUCUAUUCCGUGUGAUUGUGGUUUAACAAAUGAAAUUGAAUGUUUUGAUAUUGUAUUACCGAAUACAGUUAAUUCUAAUAUACAAAGGCAAAAAUUAAUGUUAUCAAAAAACCAUCAUCCUCAUCAAAAUUCUUCCAUACCAUUAACAACUAAUAAUAAUUUAAAAAAAGAUUCCUCAAUUAUGAAAAAGAAAAAAUUCUCGUUGCAACAAAAUUUUAAUAAUAAAAAUGAUAUAAUGUCACGAAACGGUAAUAGUAUUAUAGACUUAACUUAUGCUGCUUGUAUAAAUAAUAAUUCUACUAGCACUUCUUUAUUGGUAGAUUCCAGCCAAUCAUCUCCGAAUAAUGAUUCUUCUCCAAUAACCAAUAAUUUUAAUUUAAUUCAUUCUUCUCAUAUUUCAAAUUCCAGGGCAACUAAUAAUAUAAAUACUAAUUCAAGAUUUAAUAAUGAUAAAAAUAUUAUUGAAAAUAGAAUUUCAACAAAUGCUAAUUUUUUAAAAGAAUUUGACAUUGAGGAUAAUCCUGAUUUCUACCCAACUCUAUUAAAUGAUUUUGAUAUCUUAUCGAAUACAAAUAAUAGUUCAAAUAAUAAUAACUCAACUACCAAUAGAUCAACCUUUAAUGAAGAAUUUUGUGAUUUAUUAGAUCCACAUUCAAAUACUAUAAUGAAUAUGUCAAAUGCAACUAAUUUAGAUGUUCCAAUGAAUAAAAACAUUCCAAUUUUUACUAAUACUCAAACAACGGAUCUAAACGAAAUUGAUUUUACAAGUAUGUUUAAUAAGUUCUCUUAUCAUAGUAAUAAAAAUUCAAGUUCGAAUAAAACAAAUUCACAAACAACUAAAUCAUAUUCUUCAAAAUCAAAUUCAAGUUCUAUUAAAAAUAAUUCUUCUAUUUAUGGACAUCAAAGCCAUAUUCGCCAUGUUAGUCAUAAUCAACAAACAAAUAUAAAUAAUACUAUGAAUAAUCCAUUAAUUAAAAAUAAUAAUGAUAUUAGUCAUUUCACAACAAGAGAUUUAUUAAAUCCAAAGGAAAUAUUUGAAACCACAAAUACUACUAAAUUUAAUGAUACUAAUGAUAUUUCUUCAAACCAAGCUAUAUCAUCACCUUCUACUCAUGGCCAAUUCUCCAAUUUCAAUUUAAUUAGAGAAUUGGAAAAAUCUUCGGUGUUAAAUAGUAGUACUACUUCAACACCAAAUGAUACUGGAGAUAAUCAACAUGUUAAUAAUACCAACUCAAACACUAUUGUAAAUAUCAGUGAUAAUAAUAAUAAUCAAAAUCAUGCUGCAAAAUCAAACAUUAAUGUUAAUGAUGGUUUUUCAAAUUCUAAUAUUUUUUUUAAAAAUAAAGAAGAUCAACAAUUAUCUGUUCCGACUGUGUCAACUUGUACUAUUAAUAUGGUACCAAUAUUAUUCCAAGAACCAUUACCAUCUCAUAACAUUGUUAAUGAUGAUGAAAAUUUCAUUUCUGAAAUGAUUAAAAAAGAACAACAAGAAGAGUAUGAACAUAUUCAUAAUAAUAAUAGGAACAAUAUAGGCCUAAGUACUACCAAUAUGAAUUAUUUGGAUUCAAGUGAUUUAUCUAAUUUUCCAAAUAAUUUCAACAAGAAUAUUAAUCCAAGGAAUUCAUUAAAUAAUCAAAGACUUAAUAAUCCUGGAACUCAAACAAUUGCAUCAAAUACUUCUCUAGCUACUGCAACGCUUGGAGAAAUGUUUAAUCUUGGUAAUAGUGGGAAUUCCCCUACUACUAAUGAUACAUUUAAAGAUAUCUUUAAUUAA